ACACUGUGGUGCGGGCGCUCAUCCCAAGUGGUUGUGUUGUCGCUAUAGUUUUGUCGUUGCGUGUGAGUUUCGCAGAAACUGAGAGGACGGAGCCGAAGAUCAUCCCAUUCCAAAACAAGAAGCAAGCAUAUCAGUGAGCUAUGAAUGAAUCAAAGUCUGAGAUCCAAUCCUUCUACAAAAACAAGACCAUCUUCAUUACUGGUGCUUCUGGUUUUAUGGGCAAGGUCCUCAUAGAAAAGUUGCUAUACAGCUGUUCAGAUCUCAAUAAAAUCUAUAUCUUAAUGCGAGACAAGAAGGGUCAUAGUUGCGACAAUCGACUUGAAGAUAUGUUCAAAUUACCUUUGUUUCAAAGAAUACGAACUGAGCAGCCUCAAGUUUUGAAAAAAGUGAUACCAUUUAAUGGUGACAUAUGUUCGGACAACUUGGGCCUUACUGAUGAAGAACGUGAGCAACUAAUAAAUGAAGUAAACAUAAUAUUUCAUUGCGCCGCGAGUCUUCGAAUGAAUGCAAAAUUGAAAGAUGCCGUCGAAAUGAACAUGAAUGGUACAAAAAGGAUACUAAACUUGGGAAAAGAAAUGAAGCAUCUGCAAGCUUUUAUACAUCUAAGCACAGCCUUCUGUCACGUUGAUCAAAAGGAAGUAGGCGAGCGUAUAUAUGACACCUCUAAUAACCCUGAGGAUAUCAUGAGACUCGUUCAAUGCUUAGAUGAAGAUACUAUCGAUCUUAUUACGCCAAAAUUAAUACAGCCGCACCCAAAUACUUAUACAUAUUCGAAACAUCUGGCUGAAAAGUUGGUAGCCAAUGAAUUUCCUGAACUGCCUUGUUGUAUUGCUAGACCAUCGAUCGUGUUCCCUUCUUACAAGGAACCGUUACCAGGAUGGGUCGACAAUUUAAAUGGACCUAUAGGAUUACUUGUCGCUGGAGGUAAGGGUGUUAUCAGAUCGAUACAUGGCAACGGCAAUCUUAAUAUCGAAAUUAUACCAGUUGAUCUUGCAAUUAACGAUUUAAUAAUAAUUGCAUACAAAAUAGCCACUAGCCUGAGAAAUUCGAAAAGUAUACUCGUAGUCAAUAUGACAUCGCAAAUCGAUACAAUGCGUAUCACAUGGAGCGAGAUAUGGAAAAAAGGUAAACAAUUUAUUCAUGAAUAUCCUUUCGAGAAACAAGUUUGGUAUCCAGGAGGCGACUUACAUAGCAAUAAAUUUGAGCAUAAUAUUAUUGUCUUAUUUUUCCAAAUCAUACCUGCAUACUUCAUCGACUUUCUGAUGCUAAUAUUUCGACAAAGAAGAUUUAUAGUCAGAAUCCAGAAACGAAUUUUAGACAAUCUCGCAAUAUUACAAUAUUUCAUCGAACGACAAUGGAUAUUUUAUAAUAAAAAUAUAAUUACUUUAUGCGACGAUCUAACACCAUUAGAUAAAAAAAUAUUUCCAACUAUGAUUUAUAAUUUCGAUGAAAUGGAAUACUUUAAGCAUUUAGUCCUUGGCAUACGGCAAUAUUGCAUGAAAGAAGAUUUAUCUACUUUGCCGAAAGCCCGUCGGCGUCAAAAAAUACUUUUCAUACACAGGAUUACCGCGUGUUGGCGCUGUAGAUCACUGAAAUAUAUCUAUACUGGAAGAGGCACUGGCUUUGUUUGCCGUAGACGGAAAGCGUGCCUGCGAUAGAUAGAUGUUUGGGGAUUGCUAUCUCGUUUUUUCCGGCGCUGCGUCUGCGCAGAACGAAACAAGUCACAUGAUGUACAGGCGAAAUCGAAAGUUUAGUUUUUUGCUUGGCUUAUUGAGGUAACGGUGGCAAUGUGGCAUGUUCUGAAACAUUUUAUUUUAAUCAAUUCGAAAAAAGACAUUAAUGUCAAAUUCUUGAUGUUUGAAAUAGAUUUUGUGUUUCAAUAAGUUAAUAUAUCUCUAUAUAGUUCUCGGUUCUCGAACCGUUACAGUGACGUCCUUCCUAACCUUCCUUAUGAUACAAACACUCUUGGACCUGACUGUACAACAAAGACAGGUAGCCCCUAAAUCUUCCCUCUCUCUCGGCACGCUUUCUGCAGCUCAGUGCCUCUUCCAGUAUGUAUAUAUUUCAGUGCUGUAGAUUGAUAACUUUUUUAGUAUUCUGUUACCUAACUAUCAAGAGACACGGUAGUGUCUUGAAGUCGAGUCAUCAUCACUCAGGCGCAAGACACACCGUAUUCGCUUUACGCGAAUGGCUAAGUUGCGAGUAAUGCAUAUUAUCGGUUCUCAAUAAUCGCUGAAUCGAUCAAAUUCUUAUUAGGUUCAAUCAAUUGCUUGGGUUCGAUUUAUACAGGGUGUCCGUCGA